CCUUGGUUUAUACAAAUUUAUGUACAUAAGACACUUACUAGGUGGAGUUUUAGACUUAAACAUUAAGAUACAUUCAGGAUGAAUUUUGAUGAAAUUCAGCAUAUUGUAUUUUUGAAUAGUUGUACAAGCUUAAUACUAGAGCUGAGAGGUAGAAAAUCACCAGAGUAUACAUAUUUUAGGAAUAAGAGUUUUCCUGGACUUUGAACCUAGAAGAAAACAUGCAGAGAAGGAAAGGGGUAGAUAUUCAAAAUUAGACAGUCAAGAGCAAAGGUGCAGAGACAGAUGUGUUCAUGGCAUUUCUGGGUGAUGGAGGAAUAGGCUAUCUGGAGCAAAAGGUUGACUUUUGGUGGCAGCCGAAGGUCAGGUUUGGAAAGGCUGGAUUAGAUUCAGUUUGGGAGGGUUUGACUGUUAAGGAGAAGGGCUUUCACUUUUAUCCUCUAGGCAAUGGUGAGUCAUUGACAGUUUUUUGAUGUAAACAAAGUGGUGUGUCCUGAAGAUAAGUCUGCAGAGUAGGUUGGAAACAGGAAAGACUGGAAGUGGGUAAUUCCAGAAUUGGUUGGCCAUACUCUUGUCACUGUACUAAUGCUCAUUUCAUUGCACUGGUUCAUCUUCCUUCUGAACUUGCCUGUUGCCUCUUGGAAUAUAUAUCGGUACAUUAUGGUGCCCAGUGGUAACAUGGGAGUAUUUGAUCCAACAGAAAUACACAAUCGAGGGCAGCUGAAGUCGCACAUGAAAGAAGCCAUGAUCAAACUCGGCUUCCACCUCCUCUGUUUCUUCAUGUAUCUUUACAGUAUGAUUUUAGCUUUGAUAAAUGACUGAAGCUGGAGCAGCCGUGGUUGAAGUCAGCCUACACUACAGUGCACAGUUGAGGAGCCAGAGACUACUUAAAUCAUCCUUAGAACCGUGACCAUAGCAGUAUAUUUUUUCCUCUUUGAACAAAAAAUAUUUUUGCUGUAUUUUUACCAUAUAAAGUAUUUAAAAAACAUGAA